UUCUGUGUUGCUGUUUACAGAUUUUAGAUUUGUCCAAGAAUGGCUGAUAUUCAACGCGAUGAAAGUUUCCGGAGUGCAAUAAAAAACCAGAAAAGACGACUUUCAGCAACAAAGAUUGAAAAGAAAAAUACUCUUCAUGCUCCAGAUGGAGUGAAGGCUCCGCCAAAGAUUGGUUUGCUGGGUAAAGGUAAAGGGGAAAAGGAGGGAAACUUCCUGCUAGGGCGGGACUACUGGACUCCACCCGGUUCAAACAGAUCCACCCCUGUCCGGGCACUGGAUGGUUCAUCAGAUCUUGACACUGCUCCAACUACAGGAUCUAAUCCGGAUAUCAGGUUGGAAUUCUGGGAUAUUGCUGAACUCUCUCCUCUAUCUACCCCAGCCACACCAGGGGCAUGCGUCAGUCCUGAACCUGAAGAACCUGUUGUUAACAUUCCAAUCAAUAAAUCACAGGAUGGUCAUUCGCUGGAUGGAGAAGCACUUAGGAAAGUUGUGAAUAUGAUCAAGGAUAUAGAGUUUCAGGGAUUUGCUGUUCCUGAGAGAAUUACGAUUAAAAUCUAA